UCCUCCUGCUGAAAGCAGAGGGCAACGCGGAGGGCGGCCCGCAGAUGAGCAAGCUCACCGCCACCGCCGCCGCCGCGGGCGCCGUGCUCGGCGUGACGCAGAGCCCGAACGACAUCAUCUCGCACAUGCUGAUGGGGUGGGCGAUCGACGAAGACGGCGUCGAGCGGCGCGGGCUGAGGCGGGAGGGGAUGUUCUACGCCUGUAACGGCGUCUGCCAGCACCUCUCCGAGGUCGUCGUCGCGCUGAUCCUCGCCUCCUACGGCUGGGCGGGCUUCGACCCGAAGCAGUGCCCCUCCGAGCAGCCCGCCUCCGCGGUGACCGCCAUCGAGCUCUCCUUCCUGGUCUUUGGCCCCGUCGUGCUCGCCCUCCUCACGCUUCUCGGCUUUGCCUACCCCAUCCGCGGCGAGCGGCUCGCGCGGCUCAAGGCGCAGGUCGCGGUGCUGAACGAGGACCGGUCGCGGCGCAUCACCGAGCGCAACGUCUCCCGCCCUGCCUCCACGCGCGGCACCGCCUCCACCCGCACCCUGGCCGAGGUUGUGUUUCGCAGCCGCGGCUCGAGGCCCGACGAGGUCGCCCUCUCGGAGCAGCUGACCACGUCGUCGGUGCCUUACUCCGAGCCCGCCUCGGAGGCCGGAGGGGCGGCAGCGAGUGCUGAGGCAGCGAGUGCCGAGGCGCCCGACAAGAACAGCAGCAGCAAGCACGCGGUCGCGGACGAGGCGGGCGGCGAGGAGGCGGUCGAGCGUGACCUGGCCGUGGUGGCCCCGGCGCCCUUGAGCCGUGUAUGACAGAUACUUAACGGCACCGGUAAAACGCACCUCUUUUAA